AUGCUGAGAAGUGGUAAGCAACUACCUACCAAUGAGCUCAAUAGGGACAUUGAGACUAAAGGAGGGGAUGUAGUGGUUGAGAUUGAAGAUGAGGAUGAGUUGGUAGUGAAAGACUUGGGUAAAGACAAAGAAGCUGAUGAAGUUGUGGUUGACAAAGGCAAGAGUAAAGUGGUUGAGGAACCAAAGCAAGACAACACCAUUAAUGAAGCUUUCAAGAAGAGUAAGGAGAUUGCCAAGGAGAUUCUAUUUGUGCCUCCACCUUAUGAGCCAAGACUGCCAUUUCCUGGUAGGUUUAAGAAGCAACGAGUGGAUAAAUAUAGAGCUAUGUUUGAUGCUCAAAUGAAAGAUGUUGCCAUCACAAUGCCAAUCAUUAAUGCAUUUUUGCUGAACCCAUCAUACAAUAAGUUCCUCAAAGAUGCAGUUAUGGAAAAGAAGAAAGCUCUUCAAGGAAUGGUAAUCUUAACCCAUGAGUGUAGUGCUAUCAUUCAAAACAAGGUAGUAGCAAAGAAGCUUGAAGAUCCUAGUAGCUUCACUCUCCCUUGUACACUUGGACCCUUAUCUUUUAGCCACUGUUUAUGUGACCUUGGGUCUAAUGUGAGCUUGAUGCCUCUCUCAGUUGCCAAAAGACUAGGUUUCACCUGCUACAAGAAGUGUAUGAUCACCCUUGUUCUUGCGGAUAGGUCAGUUAGAACACCGGUAGGAGUGCUUGAAGACUUACCGGUGAUGAUUGGUCAUUUUGAGAUCCCAACAGACUUUGUUGUGCUUGAAAUGGAUGAAGAACCAAAUGAUCCACUCAUCUUGGGGAGACUAUUUUUGAGAACUGCAGGAACAAUGAUUGAUGUGAAGAGUGGGAAAAUUCAAUUGAAUUUGGGAAAGGAAUCCUUGACUUUUGACAUUAACAAAGUGAUGAGGAAGCCUACAAUUGAUGGUCAAGUUUUCUACAUUGAGAAGAUAGAAGCUUUAGCUGAUGAGCUUUUGGAGGAAUUGGCCAUGGAGGAUGAACUCCAAAGCACUUUGACAGUUAAACAAGGAGAGUUUGGUCUACUAAAGGAAGAUAGUGAAGGGUAUGGAAAGAUUCUUGACUCUCACAAGCGCUCUAGUAAUGAUGGAAGCUUCCUUGAGUUGAAAGAGCAAAUGGUGUGUUCAGGAAGUUCAUCCAAAUGA